CAACGAACACUCGGCUAAAUCGAGUCCCUCAGCGAUCCUAACGGUGCCGAUGGGCUCAACACAACCGCAACAAUUCUUCGCCAGUUUAGGCCAAACACAGGCCUCGACGCUAAUACUUAACACCGCAAACAACGCACCAAUAGUUCAAAUCGCGGCCACAGCACCCGUCACAACAGUCAUGGCUAACAUCAAUACCAAUCAAACCACUUGUUUCACAAACACUGGUAUCGACGCGAAAGAGAAGACAACAAUUAAUGGUAACUUUAGUCACAAUAACUCAGUGAAUGUGGAGCGCGGAUGUCAGGCGUCCAUCAGUGAUGACGAACUCUCCUGUGAUAAUAUGAAGACAACGGCCACUCAGCUUCUAAUGCAGUAUAAGGUGGACAUGGAUUGCAUCCAUUCCUCCGAAGAAGACGACGACAACGACGGAAAGCGCCAUAAAUUGAAUUUAUUUAGUGAACGAAAGCGAAGAACAAGUGAAACGAAUUCGUCGGUUGACGACAACGACGACGAGUCGAGUCGAGACUCGAUUCAAUUGCAAAUCGUUGACGAAUUGGCGGCCGACGAACCGCCACAACUGCCCGUGAAAUCGGCGCCAGUCAUGCAAUUCAUCGAUCAUCACGGACUCGACCUCUUGGUUGACUCCAUCGAA